AUGACUCUCCAAAUAAUUGUUGUGUCUUUGCUUUUCUUUUUUACAACAUGUUUGAGUUUAAAAUGGUGCGGAAAUGGAGGUCAAGUGGAGUGUGUCGACGACAACUUAUUUUGUGAUGAUCUUUCAUACAAUAAUUACUUGCCACUCAAAACCCACAAUAAAAAAUACAAAGAAAUUUAUUGCAAAAAAGAUGCAGUUUUAUAUGUCGAAAUUACAACUGGGAAUUUUACUUAUUUGAUAUUUUCAAAUCAACAAUCUACUUACGAUUUAUCGUUAACAACACAUCAAACUAAAGGUCUCGUGCAAUCUGCUUGUUACAUGUAUAAUUGCAUCACUUGUCAUUAUGACUAUUGGGGGAAUGAGAGAUGCGAAAUAUGUAAUAUUGGGUUAUAUUCACUUGGUGGUGUUUGUUAUCCGUGUGAAGGAUGCUCGAAUACGAAUUGUGGAAAUUCCACAACAAGUAAUAUUGAAUGUGAUGGGUGUAUAGAUGGAUAUGUAUUUAAUUAUAAUUGUGAAAAAUGCAACGAUAAAUGUAAAACGUGCAACCCCACAAACACGAAUAACUGCACUUCGUGUUAUUAUGGUCAAAGUGUAUCAAACGACAAUUGUACAUAUUGUUUUGGAUGUGCAAAUCAUUGUAUUAAUGGGUAUAAAUGCGCAUCAUGUGACGGUAAUCAAUAUAUUGAUUCAGAUGGGUUUUGUACAAAGAAUUGUGACGUGUCUUGUAAUGGCUGUACUGGUAGUGGAACAAACAAUUGUGUCAACUGUGCAGAUAAUUACUACAAAUUAAGUGGCUUUUGUAUGAAGUGUGGAUCUCCAAAUGUGUGUACGACUUGUUCAAAUUCAGUGUGUACAAGUUGUCAGAGUGGAUAUUACCUGUUUAAUGGCAUAUGUACUUAUUGUGGAGAUCAUUGUGUUAAUAGUACAUGUCAAGUUGAUACUGGGUGUUCCAAUUGUGAACGUGGGUAUUAUUUUAAUGGUAAUCAAUGUAAUACAUGUGUUGAUCAUUGUAACUUGGAUUAUUGUAAUGAUAUAAGAGGGUGUAUACAAUGUGUUGGUGGGUAUUACUUAUCAAACGGUGUUUGUAAUAGUUGUAUUAACAACUGUGCGACGUGCACAACUUCAUCGUAUUGCUUGACGUGUGUAAGCAGUUAUUAUCUCGAUACAAAUCAUAAUUGUCGAUAUUGUGGUGAUCAAUGCACCAAAUGUGAUCAAACCCAAGGGUGCACUACUUGCAAUGGUGGGUAUUAUCCAUACAAUCACGUUUGUGCAGUAUGUCCAGCGAACUGCGACUUAACAUAUUGCACGACAACGUCUGGGUGUACAAAAUGUAAUAGCGGGUAUUAUUUAUCCAGUGGAAUUUGUAAUUCUUGUGGAAACAAUUGUGAUUUCUUCACAUGUGUAAAUAAUGUUGGGUGCACACAGUGUACAAGUGAUUGGUUUUAUUUGGACGAUAAUAGAAAAUGUCAACGUUGCAUUUCGCCGUGUUCGACUUGUUCAAAUGCAACUGUUUGUAAUACUUGUGUUUCAGAUUAUUAUUAUCUGAAUCCAAGCAACGCUUGCACUCAAUGUGUAAGCCCGUGUUUGCAAUGUUCUUCACAAACUGAUUGUAAAAGUUGUAUUAACAAGAGUUAUUGGCUUGACACAUCAACAAAUAAAUGUAUACGUUGUUCAUCGCCAUGUAACACGUGCACUGGACCAAAUAAUGGUUCUUGUAUUACAUGUGUUGCUCAUUAUUAUUUUGAUGCAACAUCAAAAUCUUGCACAUAUUGCGGAGAUGGCUGUAUUGCGGGUUGUACUAAUACUACAAAUGCACCAAAUGUCAAUUGGGGACUUAUUUAG